AUGGCUGCCCGAGGCCGUCUGUUGCGAGAACAACCCUUCCAAGUCGAAAGCUUCGUCGCCGUCGAUCGCAACGACGUCCUCGAAAACGGCCCCAACGUCCGCCCGGUCAUGAAGAUCAGAUUGGACGAAAUCGCCUCGGCCUCUCGCGCCCAUCUCUCCAUCGUCGGCAACCCCCGUGAUGGGGGCGGGAUCGACAUCGUGAUUCGUGGCGAUGCUGAAGCAGUGGAGGAAGCAAGAGUCAGGCUUCUAGUCCUGCUCGAUCAACUCAACAGCUUACACUCCGAGGUUUGCGAAAUCGAUUACAAAUUACACCAUAUCAUCGCCGGUCGAAAGCGUUCAGUCAUCCAAUCCAUUCAAGAGGAAACCGCUACCAAUAUCUAUUUCCCGUCGGCUCUGUCCGGCGGUGGCAUCCUGGGCGCUCGUUCUACAUCUUUGGCUGAAAAACAAAACAUGAUCUACAUCACUGGCGAGUUCUUUGGUGUUCAGCGUGCCCGCGAGAUGUUGUUCCAAGUAUCGAUGCACAAAAGCAAAUGCAUUAUAUCCAGGGACACGGCUAUGCUCCCCAGGAAGCUGGAUUGGUUGCUUAUGGAAAAAUUGGCCCAGCUCCAGGAAAUCAUGUAUGACAAUGGCACGUUUAUCAACUUUCCGCCCAUUGGCAGUCAGGUCAGCGUGCUUUCGGUCUAUGGCGACCAUCGUGUUCACAUCGAACGCACUAUCCGAAGUCUCAUGCAAUUGGCCUGCGAGUUUUACAUCGCCAACGUUUGGUUGCUCCCUAAAUCGAUCCAAGAUGUCUAUCCGAAUGGCUCACAGCCCAGCAUUGUCAAUCAAGCCGCAAUUCAAUCUGACGGCAAUCGCAUUGCGAUCGAAUCUGGCGCCGAAGUGGUGUUCAAAAGUACAAACAGUUUUGAAGUUUAUGGUACUGAGAAGGUUACCAAACGAGCCGUCGAAAAAAUAUUAGAGUUGGACAUGGUCAAAAACUCUCAAGUCGAGAUCCGAUUCCAGGUCGAGCUGGCUUGCGAACACCGUGACUUCAUAUCAGGCAAGAAAAACGGAAAAUUAAACAAGAUUAUGAAGACUUCGAACGUGAAAAUUAAAUUUGAGUCAUUCAACGACUACAACUUUAUGCUCAACCUCUCCGGUAAUCCUGCGACUGCCCUAAUGGGAUUGACGUUACUAGAGGAAGAACUCCCGGCCGAGAUCUCUUUCCAUAUUCCUGAAGGUUACCACAAGCGAAUCAUCGGAGUCGGCGGUAAAAAUAUCCAAAGAAUCAUGAAAAAGUAUGGUGUUUAUGUAAAAUUUUCUAAUGCGAAGGAGUUUGCCAAAUUGGGGGGCUAUCAAAACAAUCAUGACAAUGUUGUCGCACGCACUCCAGCCAAGAAUGCCGAAAACCUUGAAAACUUGAAACAAUCGGUAAUGGAGCUGGUCCAUCCUAAAGACAAAGACUUUGUCAUUGAAUACCUGAACAUUGAUCGCACCCAACACCGAACAAUCUUGGGAGAGAAAUCUAUUUUUAUUCAUGAUAUCGAGUCUAAGACCAACACGUGCUUCUACUUCCCGUCGACUGAAUCGGGAUCGUCGACUAUCGAAAUCUUCGGCCCACGCUCUCAGAUUGCGAUUGCCAAGCAAAUGAUCAUGUCUCACAUUGGCCUCGAAGCAGAUUGUCGAUUAAUGGCUACAAGUGAGCUGCUGAGGGUGGUCGCGAGCGAUGAAUUUGACGAGAAGGUUAUCCAGACUUGCAAGAAUCAUUGGAAUGUCACUGUCUUGGUCAUCAAUGGUGGAGCCGAGGGCGAGGAAUUAACGGUCAAGUUUGGACUGACUCGGGCGAAUGCUGAGAACUUGCAAAAUGCGCGCGAGACGUUGGAAGCUUUCUUAAUCGAGAAAAAGAUCAACUUUCACCGAGAGAGGGGCGCAACUGGCUCAUAUCCCCGCCGCAACACCGUUACUAGCAUCGGCUCUCUUGAUCGAUCAACCAAUGGCUUCAACACUUUCACCCCACCCACACCAACCGAUACAGCGGGUUUUGGUACGAUCAAUCGACAUGGCAGCGAGAAGGAUCUUCAAGGAUUGGUCGAUCGAAAUGGUGGUCACUAUCACUACCCCUCAUUAUCCUCCUCCACCAACUCAGCUUCCUCGUAUGCAUAUCAUCCGGCCAUGUCCAUGAAUAGAUUUUAUAAUCAGUUUGUUGGUCUAGAUGGGCAUAUGAUUGGUGUAUCCAACGGGCAGACUGCCAUUGGUGCUCCCGGUAAUACGGACUGGGCCUCGAUUCCUAGACAAAUGGUUAAAAGCAACAACUACAACAGUACCAACCCUCUCGCAAGCGGUGUGAACAUGUCCAACAGCCCGAUUGGAAAACCCAUACAUGGCUCUUCCGUUUUAUCCUCACUCGAUGGCAAUUCAUACCCCAGUUUUAUCAAUCGAAAAAGUGCCAUCAGUCCUCGAGCCCAAUCACUUGAUUUGGGUCGACCUACCUUCGGAUCCGGAUCUCAAUUAAGUAAAGAUUAUAAUUCUCAAGGAUUGUUUAACGGUGCAAACUCAGCGGCCGGAGAAUCACCCUCGCGUGGGUCCACCAAUAACCCCGCUGGACUCGGUCAUCGUCAUCGGUUCAGUCAGGGUGGGCUCAACACUUACUCAAGCGGCUUGAUGAAUGGAUUCGCCGGACUCAAUCUCGGUCUCUGA